AUUAAUAAGGGGACUCAUCUGAAGAGGGAGUUGGAAUUGCGGCUUUCUCACUGGAGCCCCUGUCUACAGCCAGAGAUAUGAAGCUCCCAGUACCCCUCAUGAUCCUCAUUUAUAGCCUGGUCAACUUGCUGCAAAUAGAAGCAUCAGAGACAUUGAUUGUUCCAGAAUUUGUUAGUCUGACAGUUAACAGCAUUCAGAAUGUCAAGAUUGCUGUAAGUGUUCCUCUGCCAGAGACCAUAAUCAUCAGACUUGCCGUGACCUUCUCUUCCAAACAAACUAGUAUUGUUGAACUCCCUGAGCAAAUCCUCUUGCCCAAGUUUGCAAGAUCUUCAUCAUUCACAGUCAGAGGAGUCGAAGUUGGACAAGUCAGUGUUUGCCUUCAGUCUAACAGCAGCAGCAAUGUGACCAGGAGUCCAGCACACAUUCAUUUUCUGGUGGUGCACAGCAGUGUCCUGAAGGUUGUGAAUGUGAUCAUUGGUUGGAUAUACUUCCUGGCGUGGUCCAUCUCUUUCUACCCUCAGGUUCUUGAAAACUGGAGGCGUAAAAGUGUAAUUGGAUUGAAUUUUGAUUUUCUGGCACUGAAUCUAACUGGUCACCUGGCAUAUGGAGUAUUUAACGUUGGCCUCUUCUGGAUUCCUUGUGUUAAGAAACAAUUUCUUCAGUGUAAUCCAGAUGGAGUGAACCCAGUGGAAUCAAAUGAUGUCUUUUUUAGCCUCCAUGCUAUCUUCUUAACAUUGAUUACAAUCUUUCAGUGUUGCAUCUAUGAGCGGGGGUCACAGAGGGUGUCCAAGACUGCUUCUGGGUUCCUUGUAGCCGCAUGGCUGCCUGCUAUGGUCUUUGUCGUCCUGGCUCUAAGUGGCCAAAUAACAUGGCUCCAACUUGUCUACUAUUUCUCCUACAUCAAGCUGGGCAUCGUCCUCAUUAAAUAUAUUCCUCAGGCUUACAUGAACUAUCAAAGGAAGAGCACCAUUGGUUGGUGCAUUUGGAACACACUGCUUGACUUGACUGGGGGCAUUUUCAGCCUUCUACAAAUGUUCUUGCAGUCGUACAACAAUGAUGAAUGGAUGCUGAUCUUUGGAGACCCAACAAAGUUUGGUCUUGGACUGGUAUCCAUCUUGUUUGAUGUCAUCUUCAUGGUGCAGCAUUAUUACUUGUACAAAAAACCCAAAGUCAACAUGUCACUGAAUGAUGGCCUUUCUGUUAAAUAACAGGCUUUUGGUAUGGUUCAAUAACUUUGUACAAUAUACACUGGGUAGUAAGGAUUUGUAAUAGAACUACACAAGGCUAUGAGUUAGGAAACUUAAAUAGUUAUUUUACAAUACCCUGCUUCUGAGCAUCAAAGUUCAUCCCUCCCCAACCCCCAGAUGAGAACCUUCUGAAGAUCUUGGAAUAAGUGAACAAUUAAAUGAGUGGAACAUCUAAAUUUGCCAUCAAAUCCACUUAGAUGCAGGUAUUUACAGGUGUGGGGAAAUGGGGCAGUAAUUUAUGGGUAACUUUGUUUGGAAUGGUGCACCUUGGAUAAACCCUUGCACUUGGCUUUUUAGAGUUGCCAAAUUUUAAACUAGUUCCUAAUUCUGCUGGCAAUAAACACUUGAAGUUGAAAUGCAAUUCACCAAUUAAUGCUUUCCUAUAACCCUCACUAGUCACUUCCAUUUGGAACCCCACACCAUACAGAAUGUCCCAUCCUCCCUCUAGAGCCUGGAUAUUGAACAUAGUUAGAACCUCCAAAUCAGCAUUUAUUAUAAAUGAGUUUUGUCAACUGUCAAAUUGUCUUGCUGUGGUUGGUUUAUUUUUGUGGCUCCAAAUCCAGUUUGUAUUGGAUUGAGAUGUUAAUGUAGUGAACUUUCAUUCUGUGGAAAUAGUUGGCUCAAGGCAGAGUGUUUUAAUUAAACAAUGUGCUUAAAUAU